AUGUUUGCAAAUCAGUUGAUGGAGUGUGCAAAUGACGAGUCAUCGUUUCGAUUUGUUAUUAGAGAUCUAACAACCAAAGCCCCCGCUUUGCAAAUCAUUCUUUUAAAUCCAGAUGCUUGGUCUUGUUCUGGUAAUUGUUCUAGUACAGAGGACAAAGACCCAAUUCAUAAAUUGAAGUUACAGCCCAUCAUCAAAGUGCUUUAUUCUGAUUGCCACAAUGCAACAGAAUCUCAAUCAAGGAUUAUAGAGGAAUGGGUAACGAAGAAUUCGGCUGAAAAUAUUUUCAUGUUGACUCGUCAGACACAAGAAUUGCGAGUGCGAUUAUCGUGGCUUGAAUUGAACGGAACCUUCGCCAAGGCUCUUGGGCGUUUGCAUCAAGGCAACCCGCAAAACACUCUCAACGCCUUUUCCUCCGUUACUUCUCAUAUCUCAUACUCGUCGCUUAGAUGUAGAUUUUCACUGAUACGGCUUUGCAUCGCCUUCCCCAAAAUCCCAAGCAAUAACCACUCCAACAAUGCGUCGCUCGACGGCGUUCGCUGCGUGCUUUUGCAGAUACCAUGGAUGACUUCAAUUUCGGUGCCGACUUCCAACUGCUACGCUUUCGACAAUUCAAGUCGAAUUGUUGAUUUUACUGACUGGAGUGGUUACCUUUUCGAGUACGAUGAAAAGCAAGGUUCUGACUUGUCCGUGCGAUUCUGCAAAGAUGUGGAGAGUAGAUCACAAACGCUUAUGCCCAAAACUAUCCAGGGAUAUGUUGAUUUUGGUCGAUUUGAUAGAUUCAACUACUUUGUUGCUGGUUCUGGCCAAUCUGACUUUAUACAAAAUGUGGAUCUGCUGCCACUUGACAGAUUUGUGUAA